AUGAAUAGAGACCCAGCACAGGAAAAGUCGGUCAACCAGGAGACACAGCAUGUUUGCGGAAGAACAAACGUGUACGUCUUCAAUUGCUUCCAUGGUGCAACGCUCAACGACGUCCAUUUCUCAAACGACAACAAGGGGCAACAUAUCUACUACAGCCAUGUAUCCAACAUGGACGAGGCACAGGAGGUGGCAGAGCACGUGAACGAGUUUCUGGGACAAUUGCAUGAGCAGAUGGUGCCGAGGAAGAGACAGAAGACAGAGCAAUCAGAAAAACGCGAGGAGUUGGCAAAAGGGGAGCUACUGUCCACUCACGUUCAGCCAGAGCCCGCUAUUCCUGACCCAGUGGUACAAUUGGACGCGAUGCAACAAGAAGCCCCAGUAGAAGUUCUUUGUGGGUCCAAUCACUCGUUAAGCCAGGAGCAGGUUCAGUCGCUGUUGGUAGAAGAGAACGAAGUUUUCACCCGACUUCAUAACCGGCCGCUAACGCAGAACGAUCCCUUCUUCUAUUUCAACGACAUGUGGCUAUCAAAGCUGGUUCGCGAAAAUAAAUACAGGCUGGUUCAUUACCAGUACAAAGUAGAGCAGGACCUGCCCGUGGUUACAGACUCUGCUGUGUUCAAGGGUGUGGCUCCAAAAAAUUGCCCCUACGUUGCCAUGACAUUUGCCCAGUGCACACAGUGCUCGCUUGUGCUACCGUACAAGGGUAAAAAGAAUCCACGCAAAAACGACGGAAAUGCGCUCUCGCAUGCUAGAAGACACGAAAAGAAGGCCAAUUGA